AUGGGCGUUCCCGGCCUCUCCGAGUGGCUCAAGCGCCACCACGAGAACAGCUUCGUCGCUACGCCACGCAGCGCCGACCACAUCUACGUCGACAUCAACAGCAUGCUGCACGGCGUAGUGCGGCACAACGCCACCGAGGCGGCGGCGCUCGCAGACCUCGAAAGGCAACUCAACGAAAUGGCACGCUUGCGGACGCCGCGCAUUUCUCUCACUCUCGCCGUCGACGGACCGGCGCCGCUCGCCAAGCUCAAGGAGCAGCGUGAGCGCCGCGUCAAGCACAGCAUCAAGGAGGAGCGCAGGGCCAGCACCCACCAGAAUCGCCUGUCGACGCUGUGUGUGACGGUGGGCACCACGUUCAUGCGCGACGUGGACGCGACGCUGCGCCGGUGGGCGCGGGCGAGCGGCUGGCUGCGCGCGCGCAUCGUCGUCGACCCGUCCUCCCACGACGGCGAGGGCGAGGUGAAGCUCUUCCGCCACCUCCGGCUCACCAACAACGGCAGCGCUGCCGAGAGCCAUCUGGUGCUGGGCGGCGAUGCCGACCUCGCGCUGCUCGCACUCGCGUCGCCCGCGCACCGCGUGCUCUGCUGCGAUCCUCAAAAGGAGGGCGGCAGGCGCAGCCUAUCAAUCGAGAGCUUCCGUGGCGCCAUUAGCCGCGCCGCCGGCCUGCCGCCGCAGCCCUCGUUACCGCCGCCAGCGGGCGUGUCACUCGAUAUGGUGCUGCUCGCUCUGCUCGGCGGCGAUGACUACCUGCCUAGACUCAAAGGCUACAAGCUGCAGCAGGCUGUCGAAGCCUACUCCGCUUCGUCGGAGCCGACGGCAGCGCUGCACCUCGACCUGCGCGAGCUCGGUUUGCUGCUGCGCGAGCUGGCCGCGCUGAUUACUCACGACGGCGGGCAAGACGCGGAGGCGGAGGCGGCGCCAGCAACGGGCGACGCGCAAUCGGAGGAGACGGUGGGCCACUACCUUAGCGGCCUCCUCUGGGUGCUCACGAUGUACGCCGAGGCUCGCUGUCCGGACUAUUCGUUCGUCCGCCUCGCUCUGCCGCCGCUGCGCCGCCUCUUUGCCGCCGAUGGCGAGCUGGGACGCAACAAGAAGGUCAAGCUCGAGGAGAAGCAAGCAGACUCCGAAGUAGCGAGCUCCGCUCCCGAUGCGAAUGAGGGCGGCUACAGCCAAGAGACGGCGGCGAGCCAGGAGACGGUGGUCGAGGAGGCUGAGGCGGUGGAGGCGCCGAGCGGCAUCAACUACAAGGGCGCGCUGAACGAGGCGGCGAUGGUGCGUGGCUUGACCAUCAGCUACGCGAGCGUAGCGGUCGGCGAGCAGUCCUUCCGCUCGACCGUCACGCUGCAGCCGCUGGGCAGGAGCUUCGUCGGGUGCGUGACGGCAGGGAAAAAGGGGACCGAGCAGUCGGCGGCGCAGCAGGCGGUCGCCUUCCUGGAGGCGGAGCAGCAAGCCGCACCAUGCAGCGACAAAACGCCCACACAGAUCGAGAUUGCCACCGUCCAAGCCCGCUAUGAGGAGCAUAGGGCGGAGGCUCAUCCGCCGACUGCGCCCACCGUGCGGCGUGCUGCGGUAGCGGAGGCUGUGGGACGCGUGAUGGCGGCGUGCGAAGGGCCCAACGCGACCGAGCAGCUGACGGCGGCCGAGCGAGAAUGCUUCAAGCCGAGCGGGCCGAGCACAUUCGACCACCGCGUCGCCGGGCCGCUGCCGCCAGCCGCCGUCCAGCAGCACCCGCAUGCUUCGGCGCUCGGCCACGCUCCUCCACGCAUGUGGGACCAGCCGCCGAUGCCGAUGCCGCCGCAGGCGCCGUUCGGCUUUGCGCAUGCGCCGCCGUUCGGCGCGGUGGCGAGGGCAGUCAGCAGCACGCCCGUGUUGAGCGGGUUGCAGCCGGCGCUCUUGAAGGCAGAAAUGCUUGCGCCGCAGCGCCUCGCGGUAGAGUUCGACGAUGUCCUCGCCGUCUCCUUCGAUCCACUCGGGGUCGAGGUGCUCGGCGGCGCGGCCGAGCGCAUCGCGGCGGCGGUCGGCGCGCCCUUCACCGGCCUCCUGAUGACGGCGCUCGACCAGACGGGGCAGCGGAUCAUCGCGGCGCGCCAGCGCAUCACCGUCGGCGAGCAGCCGGCGGGCGGCGGCCCGAUCAUCGACAGCGUCGGCUGCGGCGUCCCCGGUUGGAGCCGCUUCCCUCGGCGCACAAGCGGCUGCCAGUACGUGGUGGCGAGCGGCCAGGUGGAGUGCCUGAGCAACCCGCGCGCGGGCGAGGGCUUCAGCACGUACAGCUGCCCGCCGGCGGCCAUGCCGCGCCUCCUGGCGUGCGACGACGCGCUGGCCGCCAACCAGCAGCCGGGGGGCAUGCACUUCCGCAUGCGCGAGGCCGUGGGCGCCCUCCUCGAUUUCGUCCGACGCACCGUGCAGGUGAUGCUCGACAACAUGGCGAACCACGUCUGGCGCGAGGUGUGGCCGGCGAUCGACAUCGCAUAG